AUGACAAAUCCACAAUUUGCUAUACCACUGCCUGGCGUUGUACCUGUUUGCCAACAAUCACGUCUUGGGUAUAUUCAACAAAAAUGUCGCCGAAUGUGUGAUUAUAGAAGGAGAGGUUUUCCUGGUUCUCAACCCGUUUCAAUGGAUAUAACUAAUUAUGAAACAAUUGUUCAAUCUCCCUAUAUGGUCAGUUGGAAAGCAGAUGGAACAAGAUAUAUGAUGUUAAUUGAAGAACAGGAUAAUAUUUAUAUGUUUGAUCGUGAUAAUAACGCAUUUCAUAUUCCUCACCUUCAUUUUCCAAAAGAUUCUGAUUUAAAUAGUCAUAUAACAGAUACCUUAGUCGAUGGGGAAUUAGUAUUAGAUAAAGUGAAUGGUACAAUUGUGCCACGUUAUCUUAUCUAUGAUAUCGUCACAUAUGAGAAUCAAAAUGUUGCAAAUUUACCAUUUAAAGAACGUUUAGAUAUAAUUCAUAAAUCCAUUAUUAAACCACGUGAAGAAGCCGCUCAAAAACAUAUUAUUGAUAAACAACAAGAAUCAUUUAGUAUAAGAGAGAAAGCAUUUUGGCCACUAACAGCCUUGCCAAAACUUACUAGUGACAAAUUUACACAACAAAUUCUUCACGAAGUAGAUGGUCUUAUUUUUCAACCAAUGCAAGAUCCAUAUACACCUGGUCGUUCUGUUCGUGUAUUAAAAUGGAAAGAACAUAAUACAGUUGAUUUCCGCUUAAAAAUUAGUAUUGAUAAGUCAAAAUCUGGUCAGUUACCAGAGAGGAAUGCUUAUUUAUAUGUUAAUGGCCUUCCUGCACCAUUUGCACAAAUGAAAUAUUCAUCCAGCUUAAAAGAAUAUGAUAAUAAAAUAGUUGAAUGUAUAUUCAGAGAUGGUCAAUGGCAUUUUCUAAAAGAAAGAUUAGAUAAAUCAUUUCCAAAUGCAAUAGAAACAGCUUGUGGUAUGAUUUAG